GCCAAACGGACGAUGAAGCAAGUGAUCGGUUUAGUGCUUUUGGGACUGAUCUGCAGCAAUGUUGUGCUGGCAGAAGAUGGGACUCCAGCAAAUGAGGGCUCGCAUUCUGGACGUAUUGUGAACGGUGUCGCAGUGAACAUCACCAAUUACCCGUAUGCAUUAAGCAUGUUCUAUAAAAAUACAUACUUCUGUGGUGCUAGUAUUAUCACUGCUUCGCAUGCCCUGACUGCAGGUCAUUGUGUGGAGCCUUAUAUGGAGGUUAUUCCAUUGAUAAGUGUGCACGGAGGCAGCACAUCUCCCAACACAGGUGGUUUCUUAAUAAAGGUAAUCAAAAUUGAUAUGCUUGAUAGCUUGAACCGUAAAACAUUUGAGUUCGAUGCUGCUGUGGUAACAGUAGCUAAGAAUGCGUUCAGUGGAAAACGAAACAUGGCUCCGAUAGCACUUCAAACUUCGGAAAUGGCGGCUGGUACGCCUUGCUCUGUGGUUGGAUGGGGCCGAACUAACGUCCAGGUGCCAGCACCAACAAGUGAAUUACGUUACAUCCAGAUGAAUAUUGUGUCGCAGGCAAAUUGCACUGCAGCAUGGGCUGGUGGAAUUACGUCCAACAUGGUUUGUGCCCGAUACGGCAAUGGAGUGGAUAUUUGUAAGGGAGACAGUGGUGGUGCAUUGGUGUGUGGAGGAAAAUUGACUGGAAUCGUUUCCUUCGACAAUCCCAGGUGUAUAGGUUCCCAUCCUGCUGGCUUUACCAAGGUUAUUGCACCCAUCAUUCGAAGCUUCAUUCGUUCGCACACGGGAAUUUAA